AUGCUGCGCCCAGCCGGCUACUUCCAGCAGUUGCCAUGCCCCUUCUGGCUCCGGCCCGGGGGCUGCCAAAGACCCCACUGCCAGUUCCGGCAUGUACCUCCUGAAGGGGGAAGCGAGGGGGCUAGCGAAAAGAACUCUGCUGCCGCAGGGGGUGAUAAGGAAGCCCUCGGUAAAAGCAUUCAGGAGCUUGAGAGACUCAACAAAGCUAUUGAGGCAGUAAAGAAUGAAGUAGAAGAGAAGCAGAAGAAGCUGUUACUAUACAGAAAUGUGACACACUCCCCAACGAAACACCAAGCACCCAAAGUCGAUAGUAAUUGCAAUAUAUUGGCCAUUGAGGAAGAACACACUCCGAUUAUAAGAAAAACUAGUGUGACUACAGCCAUAACUUCAAAUAAAAACAUAAAUUCCCCACGUAGUAAGAAAUAUGUGAUUGACAGGCGCUGUCCUGCCACAGAUUUAGAGUAUGACCCACUCCUUAAUUAUUCUGCAGGUCUUUUGGGGUCUACAAAAGAAGGUGAAACGCCUAAAUCAAAGCGUUCGAAUUCUGGGGAGGAGAUUGAACACCUUCCUCAAAAGAAACCCAGAGAUGUGUCCCCAAUAAGGCUGGAAAUAAAACUCCAAGAAUCUGAUGAUGAUGAUGUGCUAAUUAUCGAUGCCCCACCUCUGCAGCAAGUUGUGAAGAAGCACAGACCAAAUAGAUUUCAUGCCAGUGAAGAAAAAGCUGCACCCUCGCCUGAUGACGUUAUGGAAAGUGUAGAUAAUGCAGCAUCUGAACAUAUAUCUAUGGAAAAAACAGAACAUGUUUCUCCAGUAGAAAAAGCAGAGUCUGUGAGUUCUGCAUUAGAACCAACAUCUGUAGCUGACCUUUCAAGAGAGGGUCUGGUUAGUGCUGUAGAUCAAAUAAUUGAUUUGAAAAAUGAUGACCUAAUUGUAUCAGAUGUUAUCACGACCAUAGAGGAAGCAUUCGUGCCAGAACAAAGUGAAGUAAAAAACUAUAGUCCAUUAAACUGCAAUCAAAGUAUUCUGGCUGAAACACUGUUGGAAGAUACAAUUACUGUUCCGAAAUAUGAGGUUAAAUACUCACCCCGAGAAGAUUCUUUAACCCAGAGCCAAUGCUUUCUUGAUGGUCUACAAGACUUGGAAAGUGAUAUUACUGUGCCAGCAGACGUAUCUGCAUUGGAGGAAAAUGUUCUGGUAACACAAUUAGAAAAUGGCAUUGGUGAUCAGGAACACAAGCCGAUUGUAGAGCCUUUAGAAAAAGUAAAUGAUGUCAUAGUUUUGGAUUCAUCAUCUGAGGCGGAAGACACGGACAGUGACACUGACCUUUCUGAUUCCGAGGAUCCUAUGGAGGAGUGUCUGAGAAUUUUCAAUGAAUUCACAGAGAGAGAAUUAAACAAAGAUACCAAGCAGAGUUCACAAGAUCAGUCAGAGAUGGACAUACCGGACGCAAAAGCAAGUGAUGCUCCUGUUCAGAAGAAAAGAGUUGCCCAUCCAUCUGCAAAAUGUGAUGUCAAAUCAAGCGGCUCUAUUCUUGUUCCUUAUCGUGGUCCUGCUCCGCAGCAAAUACCUCAGGGCAGAAUACUUCAUGUUCAGCAAAAAGCUGUGCAGAUAACUGCCGCAGUUAAAAGUGGUCAGGCGUUUGUUGCAUCAACACAGAAGAAAAUUACAGGAUGUGUAUCGCCAGCCUUUCACAAUUUUGGCCAGAUGGUUUAUCUUAAUCUGGUUGAAGUGCAGCCAGUGGCACAAGGCAGAAAUCAGAUUAGCGGGUUCUUUCAAGGAGGAACAAUUGCCACAACAUUAAAAUCCUGCGUUCCCCCAAAAAGAACAAUGCAAACACCACCAAUGAAGAUUUCUUCCCGCAAAAAGUCUUCAGUUGUCCAAGAAACAGCAUGUAAAGUCCCACAAGAAACAAGACAACGUUAUGUUAAUUCAUUUGUUGAAGAAUUUUUGAAGGAUUCUGCAACUGUUCAAGAGGCAUUUGAUAAGGCCUUGAAUGAAGAAAAAUCCAUUUAUGACCGUUGUGGAAGCAAAAACAUGUACCUUAACAUUGCUGUUAACAGCCUUAAAAAGCUAAGGGAUCAGCGAAAUGUUCCGAAUGGUUCCCAGCCGUCAAGCAGCAAAGAAAAUGCAUCUGGGUCAAGAAAACAAGAUGACAGAAGUGAUAUCACUCGGAUAAAUCUUUACAAUUACCUGAAAGAUUACCUGCUGUCUGAUGAGCAGUUGAAAGAGAACGGCUAUCCUCGGCCAAAUCUAGAGAAACCGGGCAGUGCUUUAUUGCACAAUGGAGUGACAAAGACUAUUGGAAGUGAUGCAUUAAGAAGAGUAUGCUGUCGAUGUGGAGAAAUCUAUUCAGUCACAUCACAAGGAAAGCAUGUACGCAAGGAAGAGUGCACGUACCACUCUGGCAAGGUGCUUCGCCACAGAGUUCCUGGUGGGAUGGAAACCCGCUACAGUUGCUGCGAAGCAGCUGUGGGAUCUCCAGGGUGCCAAAUGGCUAAGCUUCACGUACAUGACGGUUUAAAGGACAAUCUGGAUGGGUUUAUCAAAACAUUUGUAAAACUGCAGCCAUCAGAUGGAAAUCCUGGUGUAUUUUCUCUAGACUGUGAAAUGUGCUAUACAACACAUGGCUUGGAGCUAACAAGAGUCACUGUGGUUGAUCCCAGCUUACAAGUUGUUUAUGAUACAUUUGUGAAGCCAGAUAAUGACGUUAUAGAUUACAACACUAGGUUUUCUGGUGUUACAGAAGAUAACUUGGCAAAUGUUACAACAUCAAUUCGAGAUGUUCAAGCAGUUAUGCUCAACUUGUUCAGUGCGGAUACCAUUUUAAUUGGACACAGUUUAGAGAAUGAUCUCCUAGCUCUCAAGCUUCUGCAUGACACAGUUGUUGAUACCUCAAUAGUGUUUCCCCAUCGAUUAGGUCUGCCGCACAAAAAAGCACUCAGAAAUUUAAUGGCUGACUACCUUAGACGUAUCAUUCAAGAUAAUGUUGGCGGGCAUGAUUCUAGCGAGGAUGCUGCAGCUUGUAUGGAACUUAUGUUGUGGAAAGUAAAAGAAGACACCAAAGGCCGAAGAUGAC